CUAUGAAGGGCUGCCUACAGGAAGUGAGUCCACAGGGACAGCUGCUAAAAGGGGAGGGUGGACAUAACCAACCAGUGUCUUGGCAUUGGAGGGGGCACCAGGGUAUCUGAGUGGCAACUGUCCAGGGAUAUCCUUUGGUACUACCAUGUAACCACUUCUUUACCAAAAGAUUCAUCAUUGGCAUGGGGAGACAUGAGUGACCUCACAUCCACAUAGAUCUGUUUCCCUCAGCUCGAGAUACCCGGAUCUGUGAGAUACCUGGAUCCCAGCUGAGAAUUCCAUCACCAUGAGCAACACAAAUUUUUUUCUCCUUGAGGACAACAUCGUGUGCCCGAUAUGCCUGGAGGUGUUCACAAACCCUGUCACCACCGCCUGCGGGCACAACUUCUGCAUGGAUUGCUUGCAGGAUUACUGGGACCACCAAGCUGUGAUCGGGGAGUGUCCUUACUGUCCACAGUGCCGAGAACCCUUCAGCUCACGGCCUCGACUCCGCAAAAAUAUAAGCCUUGGAGAAAUAGCAGAAAAGUUUGCCCGGGAAGAGGCUCAGGCCACAGCCAAGCUCCCGCCGGUGGGUCCCAAUGACAUCCCUUGCGAUCUCUGCUCCUCAAGGAAAGUGAAGUCCAUCAAGUCCUGCCUGCAGUGCAUGGCCUCCUUGUGUGAAAACCAUAUCCAGUUACACUACGAAGACAAAACUUUUAAAAACCACCAGCUGCUGGAACCCAUGAGUGACCUGAAAGCCAGACUGUGCCAGAAGCAUCACAAGCUGCAGGAGCUGUACUGUAGGACAGAGGGUGGGUUAGUUUGCCACACGUGCGUGCGGGAGGAGCACAAGAACCAUGAUGCGAUCCCAAUACAGGAGGAGAAAGCCAGGAAAGUGGUGGAGGCCAAGAGAGUACAGGCCAAUGUAGAAAACCGAAUCCUGAUGAUGGCAUCAGACAGUCACAAACACAAAGGGAGGGUGAUCUAUCUUGCGAAAGUGGUCAAGAACUCAAGAGAGGAGGUGAACCAAAGCUUUGUGGAGAUUAUAAAGGAGAUCAAACGAAUGCAGGUGAAGGUGCUGGAGUUUUUGGACAAGGAGGAGAGAGCUGCCCUGGUCCAGCUGGGCAAUUCCAUUCAGCAAAAGCAAGGGAACCUCUCUGAGCUCAACAAGCAGAACCUCUGGCUUACAAACCUCCUUGACAAUACAAGUGACCAACAGUUCCUACAGGAAUUCCCAAAGCUCAAGAAGUUGGGAGCCUGUACGGAACCCGUAGUCAGUCUGAAGUGUGAGGAGAGCUCAAGUUUUGUCAGCCUGAAACAGACUCUGGGGGACCUGAAGGCUCAGCUUGUGAUGGUUGGCCUCUGCUUCAUCAAUAAAAUCCUCACAAAAGGAAUAACAAUGCUACCCUAUGAGGUGAUACCAGCAGAUGUGGAAAGGAAGAGCCUCCUGAAAUACUACUGCAAUCUGAACUUUGACAGCAACACCGCCAAUGAGGAGCUCUUGCUGUUCAAGGAGACCCACUCUGUGCUGAACAUGGGCAUCCUGCUGGAGUCUUUCUUCGGGUCCUGCCAGGGAUUCAACCACUGGCCACAGGUCUUGUGUACCCGCAGCUUGUGCGAGGGCUGCCAUUACUGGGAGAUAGAGAUCUCAAACUCAUGGGUCUGCUUGGGAGCCACCUAUAGUUACUUGCACAAGACUGGGAAGAGCUGCAUCUUUUACCUGAUAGGUCGGAAUGACACCUCAUGGUGCUUGGAGUGGGACUCCUUGAAGUUCUCUGUCUGGCACAACAACAUCCAAGCCGUGGUGAAGGGCAGCUAUUACAAGACCAUCGGCAUCUUCUUGGACUAUGCUGCUGGUUCCCUGACUUUCUAUGGUGUCUCCAGCACCAUGAACCUCAUCUACCGCUUUGUGACUACGUUCACAGAGCCACUGUAUCCUGCCAUCAUGGUUGGCAGUGGUGGCUCCGUGACCUUGAAGCAGCAUCCAGAGUAAGAGCAGAUUUGUUCCCUGUAGCCCAUGGGGGUUCUUUGUUGCUAAUAAAAUUCACUUCUACCUUA